AUGGCGCAUGCCAAGGAUGAUAAUACCUUUAUCGGUCAUGCCCAGAUUAUAGAUACACAGGCACUAGGUGGAUUACAGUCAUUCCGUGGCUAUCUGCCACCUUGGUUAGGUGGCCAUAACCAAACCUAUGAAUCUCUAUCUCUAUCACCAAUGCUGAAGGCGUUGAAGACAGCUAGCGAGGCCUACGUGAAAGCUUCAACUUCAACUGUUCAAAUCGCUAUCCCAUUUCCUGCCAGCCAUGCAGUUUUCGACAUCUUUCACUCGACUCUCAAGACCUUAUCCGUCCACAUGCACUCGAGUACUGCAUCGCUUACAUCUACGGGCUUGCUGGCAGGACUGUAUUCAUAUGGGAUUGGCCCUGGACAGUGUUUCACCUCCCCAUCGGACCCAUCAAAGCUGUUCCUCACUGUUGAAUAUACCCGUUCUGCGUUGACUGCCCUCGUGGUCUUCGAAGAUUGCGAACCGUUCUCGGCUCACCAGGUCAAGCUUGAAAAAGCUCUUCGGGACUUGACCAGACUGCCCUUAACGGUCGAUGGUGAGACGAUGGAGUCCUUUAGCUAUGUGCUAUUACUGGGUGAAUCAGCGGGUGACCCGCUUCUACGUGACGCGCUCAAAGACUUUUUGGGCAAGCACCGGCAGUCCGAUAAUCUUCUCGCUGCAGCAGUUGAUAGACUCAAAUGGACAAUUGAUCCAGUGUUUGCCGGUGCCACUAGCGCCGCACGUCGCGAUUUGGAACAAGCGACUAACUCUGCUCUUAACCCUGAUAACCUGUGUCAGGCCCCGGUUUGA